AUGGUUUGGCAAGCUCUUCUCUCGUUAGGCUUGCUGUUCGCGAAUCCUGCACAAGCCCUCCUCCGCCUUCCAUGUUCGCAGCUUGUCACUGAACGAUUCGAUCCACUGGUCACCCCAGGCGAAGUUUCUUCCCAUGUGCACCAGAUUGUUGGAGGAAAUGCGUAA